AAGAAAGAAAGAGCCAUGCUGACUCUGAGCUGCGCCGACCCGUGGCCCGAAGGCUCCGUGGGGCUGGAGGAGGAGGUGGUGACCGCGGCUGCUCAGGCGGAGGAGCGGGACACCAACAGCAGCAUCUGCAGCUCCGUGAACCUGGACGACAGCCUGACCAGCCUGCAAUGGCUGCAGGAGUUCUCCAUCCUCGGUGCCAACGUGCCCCAGCAGGCGCUCCACCUGCAGCAGCAGCUGUUCGGACACCAGCGGCUGGGCUCCGACGCACCGGCCUCCCCUGUGGCCGGGGACCCCGCCUCCUCCAUCGGCAUGCCGCUGACCCCCGGGAAGCCCACAGCGGCAGCCUACAGCAGGAUGCAGUCCCUGCCGGGCAUCGUGGCGCACGGGCACUGCCCAGACGAGGUGGACUACAAGACGAACACGCGCAUCAAGCCGCCGUACUCGUACGCGACGCUCAUCUGCAUGGCGAUGCAGGCCAGCAAGAAGAGCAAGAUCACCCUGUCCUGCAUCUACCAGUGGAUCACCGACAACUUCUGCUACUACAGACACGCGGACCCCACCUGGCAGAACUCCAUCAGACACAACCUAUCGCUCAACAAGUGCUUCAUCAAGGUGCCGCGUCAGAAGGAUGAACCCGGGAAGGGCGGCUUCUGGAAGAUCGACCCUCAGUACGCUGAGCGUCUCCUGAGCGGCGCCUACAAGAAGAGGCGAAUGCCCCCUGUCCAGAUCAACCCAGCCUUGCAAAACCGUCUCCGAAUCAACAUCCACCCACAAACCAGAGGCCCCUGCAUCCCUGCGGGGAGUCAGAGUGGCUUGUGCAUCAACCCCGAGUCUCAGCAGCUUCUCCAGGAGUUCGAAGAGGCAACCGGUGCCGACCAGAACUGGGACCCCCAUAUGGCUGAAGGGACCAUGCUGGGGUCCUGGCCGGUGGUGAGGGGAAGAAGUGGCCACAAGAGGAAACUAGGAUCAAGAAAUGGCGGCACCAAAGCUCCCAGGCGCUCAAGUUCGCCGCUGCUUUCCGUCGAGGAACAGAAGGAGAUCGGACCUCUGAAGGGAGACUUUGACUGGGACGCCCUGCUGGACUCGGCUCUCAAUGGGGAGCUCAGUUUGGAUGGAGGAGAACCUCUGAGCCCCAUCAUGACGGAUGAAGACCUGACGGUGCGGGGGACCCAUAUCUCUCCGAUCGAAGCCCCCCCAGGGACCGCGGACAUCCACGUGUUGGUGGAGACCCAAAGGAAUAAUGAGGUGUCAGACUUUGAUGAGGAGACCUUCCUCGCCACCGCCUUCCUAGAGACCCCGUGGCCAGAAGAGGAGGAACACAGCAGCAAUGACUUCCUGUGUAGCUCCUCCGUUAACCUGGACCAGCUGUUUGAUCUUGGAGACUCUUUAGGCGGGGACCCCAACACCCGGAUUGACACCCUCCUUUGAGGAAUAGUUGGAAAAUGAAAACUCAUACAUGAGGAAUAACAGACUCUUUUUUUAUUACACUAAAGCAACGCUUAUUGGCUUUUUCAAGAUGUUUAAAGUAUUUUUAGAAUGACCUUUUGUUGCUGAUUCAUGCAGGAAGUGAAUUCCCAAUGCCUAAUGAACAAAAAUGCCACGAUGUACAGCAGCAGAAACAUCAUCACACAGAAAAAUAACUCAAACUAAAUGUAUGAAAUGACAAAAAGAAAUCCAGAAAUAGGGCCUGGUCACACCACAAAAUUAAACAGAAAUAUAAUCCAUCUUCACGAACCCUGGUGAUGUAGUUAGUUAGCAUGAUGGAUGUGGAUUAAGACAGCUGGAUGCAGUGCCUCCAGUGGCCAACUGUAUACCUACUACAACAAACAAACUGACAGGAAAGCUUGAAUUCCAAACAAGGUAAUAAUAAUCAAUCACUUUGUUUCUCUACAAAUAGAAAAACGAAUUCUAUAGGCUUAGUUCUUGUAAAAUGUAACUAGAGUAAGUGAUUUGAAUGAGUGUGACAUUGUGAAUUUAACGGAAAAGCACUAAUGAGUCAGGUCCCAUCGGUAUACAUUUUUCUUAAGAACUUGGUACUCCUUUAGUCUCGUAAUUCAACAUGCAGGAUAGUCCGAUAAACCUCAACAUUACGUCACAUACUCGAUAUAAGAUGGGUUCAGUUACGACUUGGUUACGUUUAGGGUUAGGGUUUAUAUAUGGUUAAAUAUAUAGUACAAAUGGUGGCUUGGGUCACGUAAGUAAGUGAAGUAUGUGAAACGUGAAAAAAACAGAAGUCCACCUGGAAAAUAUUGAAUUGGUUUGACCCAGUCCAUCUGCCCUGACCUCUUGCCUCAAUGUACUGGAACAAAAAGGGCCUAACUUUCAAGUCCAAAAUCACCUGAACCUUCUGUUGACCGUCUGCAUUCAUGGGGACUGUAGAGCAUGCCAUGUUGCGUUUCCAUAAACCCCGCCUCCAAGCCGCUACUAAGAAGUAGUUUUACUAUUAAAAAAUUACACGCAUUCCUCCCUAUGUAAAUCAAUGGGAAACGUAUUUUUGGGGCACAUGACAUAACGUGUCUAACAUGGAAGUUGUAAUUCAAUGUUUAGCCACAACAAAAAUGUGCUUUAAAGCUUAGCGCUCUUCCUGGGGGCUUGGUAGGGCCACUGACCGCGUUAUUGCUUGGUUGGGAGUCAGAACACCUAUGAGCUCUUCAAGCAAUAUGUUUUCGAUUAACUUAGCGCCAUCUUGGAAUCUGGUAUCCAGUUCGUAUAAUACAUCCAUGGUAAGCAAGUUUGACUUUAUUGCGCUUUAAAUUAGCUGUAUUAGUACUAUGGCCCCCUGUCUUUUAACAGUAUUUAGUCUGACAGUAGAUUGGUGACACACCAAGCUACAAAGCUUUCUCCAUUUUGAACUCUCCAUCCCUUCAAGGCUCAGAAAGUUAUGCUAAUGGUUAAUGAAGCAAAUCGGUGUUUUAAGUUGAUGCAAAAGAUCUGGAUUGAUUCACUUUGCAACACGCCAUAGAUUCCAUUUCACUGAUUUUGCCUCCAAAUGUCAGAGUUUUUAAAUGCGGCCUUUAAGAUUGAGGCAUCACGGUCUCUGUUUACGUCAUAAAAAGUGUUUAUUCAUGUUAUGUUUGGCCUAAAUACUGUUCAGAAAACAACUGAUCCACAAUUUAAACUGGUACCAGCAAGUAAAAGCCGGAGAUAUGAUUGACAAAAGUUUCUAAGAACUAGUUUUUAUUAUGUAAAUACUGUGACAGCAGCACUAUGAUGAUAAAUAAUAUUUGCCAAAUGAUGUUUGAUAUAGGAGUGAUUUACUGUAUGUUGUUUUUUUGUGUGGGGUUUUUGGUACUAACUAUUCUCUGUAUGCAUUUUUCAGAAUUAACUAGGAGCAGUUUUACUAGAUUAAUAACUAUUAUGCAGGUUACAUUUUUUUUUUUUUCAAGAGGACUCCUUCAUAUCAGACUCCUUUUAGAAGUUUUAAGUAGUGAUUCUUAGCAGAGUAGAUGUUAAGCAGUUGAGGAAGAACGUCUGAGCUUCAAGGUGUAAAAGCCUAAACAGCUUGAGGCAAAAUUCUAUUAGGACCUUAAAAAGCUCAUCUUAGAAAGGCCAAAGAGCCUUGUAAAUGAAUAGCUGACCUUCUAUGUGCCAAGAACAACACUUGGGACUCGACAGGGUGGCAGUGUUUUUUAGAGGAAUUUCCCUUUUUUUCUAAAACAUAACUUCUGAUAGGUUGUUGGAUAACCAAACCACUCCACAUGAAUACACAUAGUCUUAACUUUAAUGAUAGACUCAUUGCUCCUGUUUUCCUCUAAAAUGUGUGAAAGUGCAAUCAAUGUACAGCGAUACUUGUUAUAUUUUACAUGCAGUUUACUUUCCAGACACCAGUUUCACUAGCUUGUGUAUUAUGAGGUGUGAAUACGCAAAGAACUCUUUGUCAUGAAACAAUGGUUUGUCAGCUCUUCUUGAUCAAAUAACACGUUAAAGCGUUAUAAUGGCAUAUUAUAUUAUACCAUGAUUGGUUCUGUAAAGAUAGACACACUGUAUGUGAUCUUUUCUUUCCUGUUUUUAUUUUAUUUUCCUUGACAAUAAAAACAUGUUUUACUGCA